CUCGGUAAAGUAGACGUGGCAGUGACGUCAAGGCCGGAAACGAGCGGAACUUUAACUCCUGGGUUGUUUAGUUUUAGCCAGAAACAUCGAGGGCUCACGGAAUAUGUUGUAAUAUCGAUUGAAACGUGUGUAUACGUGUCCAUGAAGGAUACUCAACCUUGUAUUUGAGUUUCCGCACACCGGGAGAUCUUCCUAAUAAUCCAUCACACAGAGCAGAGGUAAAGACUCGGCAGUCCAGGUGGUUUCUGGUCCACAGCGGGCUGGUAACCCUUUACCGGGGGCAAGAUGACGUGCCGUGACCGGACCGUCGAGUUCCAGUCAGCCUGUAAAUCUCUCCAGGGCAGGCCGAAUGGAGUCCAGCCCAGUAAACCAAUUAUUAGCGCCUUCAGGCAGCGCAGUGACUUCACAGUUAUGGCCAAGAGAAUUGGAAAAGACUUGAGCAAUACAUUUGCCAAACUGGAAAAGCUCACCAUUUUGGCAAAAAGAAAAUCUCUAUUUGACGACAAGGCAGUGGAGAUCGAGGAGCUAACAUACAUCAUUAAACAAGACAUCAACAGUCUAAACAAACAGAUAGCACAGCUACAGGACUUGGUGAGGUCCCGCGGAGCUCCGGGUGGCCGACACAUCCAAACCCACUCGAACACUAUAGUGGUGUCCUUACAGUCCAAACUGGCUUCAAUGUCCAAUGACUUCAAAUCAGUCCUAGAAGUCAGAACAGAGAACCUGAAGCAGCAGCGCAGCAGGAGAGAGCAGUUCUCCCAGCCCCCUGUCUCGUCUUCUCCUCUGGUGGCCAACAACUUCAGGAGCCGAAAAAAAGGGGCCCAGGAGCCGCAUGCAGCUCGCGAGCCGCGCAAUGGUUACCAGGGCAAUACAACCUCAAAUUUAAAAGAGAGCUCGGUCCUGAUGCAGGAUGAGUCCAGGAGUAUGGGGGACGUAGCCAUCGAUAUGGACUCUCAGACCAAUCCCUUGCAACUCCAGCUUAUUGAUGAGCAGGACUCAUACAUCCAAAGCCGUGCAGACACCAUGCAGAACAUUGAAAGCACCAUCGUGGAAUUGGGCUCUAUAUUCCAGCAGCUGGCGCACAUGGUCAAGGAGCAAGAAGAGACCAUCCAGAGGAUCGACGCUAAUGUGGAGGACACCCAGCUGAACGUGGAGGCCGCCCACACAGAGAUCCUCAAAUACUUCCAGUCCGUCUCCUCCAACCGCUGGCUGAUGAUCAAGAUCUUUCUCGUCCUCGUCAUCUUCUUUAUCAUCUUUGUUGUUUUCUUUGCUUAAAGAAAAGAGGAGCAGCUGAGAGAAGGGGAAGAAGCACGUUGAAUCAGGGGAAAUGAAACUAAAGCUGGACUGAGAUGACAUGUCCAGACAACAUAUUUGAAGGGCAGACGUCUCCAUCAAAGUGACAGUUUUGAUAAAGGCUUGGGAGACACUCGGACUAAUGAAGACUUUUCCAUUAAUACAGACUUUCUGGUUAUUCCCAAGCUACAGACUCUUGGUCUUAAUUAGUCUAUUCAGUGAAGAAUGAAGAUGUUGACCUUUGUCCAAAUGAAAGAAUAAAUUAUCCCAAAUCCCCACUUUGUAUAGAAUUGGAGCAAAGACUGCUCGGUAUUGUACUUUGACCAAUUAUUCACAAACAUUUAAUCAAAAUGGCUAUGAUUUAAUGGUUUGAUUCUGCAAACUCUUUUAUUUAGUUUUUUGUCUUCAUCCCACAUGUCCUACAUUGAUAUUAUUUGAAAGCCAAACAGAACUGGAGUUUAUUGUCAGAUACAUUUUCUUCUUAAUUUACUUACCUUUUGUUGAAGAGCAUGACUGUUGAUCAAUAAUUCAUCACUUACAUUUUUUUGUAUUCUGUUAUGCUAAGUUUCAUUUGCCAAAUGGGUACUUAAAAUAGAACUGUGAGAUAAUACGAAGACACUCACUGUGGUCCAGCAUUCCCUGUCCUGAAGACACAAUAAGUUACAGCUUAAUGGACUGUUUGGAUUGAUGUCAUUCAGGAAACAGCUGUAUGAAAUGCUAAUGCUAAAUUAUGUAACAACACUAAAUGAAACGGUUUGGGUUGUUAGCCAUUGGGCAGGUUAAAAAAGUUUGCACUCAGUGCUGCAGAGAGACUUCAGAAUAUAUUGUAAGUCAAGUAUCUGAAGGACCCGGGUUUGACAUCAGUGCUUAUGAAGGGGUUAGACUGGUUGUGAAGGCCCACUAAGGAAGGGACUCAAUCAGCCAGAUUCCCUGGAAGUGUCUGGUUGAAUGUUGCCGUUGUGGUCGCUUCCCCUCUUAAGCUAUCUAAACGUGUCUGAUGUUAUUUAAAUGACCACAGCUUUUUAAAAAGAAAGAAAACUUCCUAUUUUUUCCCCUGUCUGUUAUUUUUUAGCCAAAUGCCUUGACUUCAAUGUCUAAAGUGCAAAUAGUGAUAAUGAUGUAUUGAUAAGAAAGUGCAUAUUAAUAAAAUGACAAAGGGGUGCUAGCAUUCA